GGAGGGGGCGUGGCGCGCGGUGUGUCGUCACGGCGUCACGUCGGCGGUGCCCAUGGCGCAGGGGGGAGGCCGGGGCUGAGGGGAGCGCGGGGCCAUGGCCUCGUCGGUGGUGCGGGCCACGGUGCGCGCCGUGAGCAAGAGGAAGCUGCAGGCCACCCGCGCCGCCCUCACCCUGACCCCAUCAGCAGUUCAGAAGAUAAAACAGCUUCUUAAAGAUAAACCUGAGCACGUAGGCGUGAAAGUAGGUGUUCGUACAAGAGGAUGCAAUGGACUUUCUUAUACAUUAGAAUAUACGAAAUCAAAAGGAGACUCUGAUGAAGAAGUAGUUCAAGAUGGGGUUAGAGUGUUUAUUGAGAAGAAAGCACAGCUGACACUUCUAGGAACAGAAAUGGACUAUGUAGAAGACAAACUGUCCAGUGAAUUUGUCUUCAAUAAUCCAAACAUCAAAGGAACGUGUGGCUGUGGAGAAAGCUUUAACAUAUGAAAUCUCAGGACUGUUACUUUGACUUUGAACACCACAAAACACUUGCUGAGUAUGUGGCUUUCAAAAGUAAAUGUGUUUUCUUCAGGUUCUUAGGCUGUGUAAAGCGUGGAUGCCGUUAAGGAAAAUAAAGUUAAUUCAUUUUGAAAAAGUAAAUCGUGUGUUAAAUUCCAGCACUGAUGUAUUUAUGCUGUAAUUUGUGGUGAAUUGGGAUCCAGAAGGUAAGAACAGUAAGUGCUGUAGCAUUUCUGUAUUUUCAUAUAUGAAAGAAAUAAAAUCUCACUGUUCUUUUC